UAAAUAUCUAGCGCAGUAGACUACCUUCAACAACAAAUAACAAUAAUUAUUGUUGAAUAGUUUAUACAUAGGUAUUAAUAAAAUAAAAAUGCAUUUUAAGACGCUCCUAGUUAUUGUUGCAUUAUUUGUAAUCAAAAUCUAUGCUGUGCCGGUACCUGAUCCAGAUGCGAGUCCAGAAGCAAAUCCUGAAGCUAAACCGGAUCCCAAUCCGAAACCAUGGCUGUACCUAGGCUGGGGACCUUAUUCUUAUUCUUGGGGCUGGGGACCAUGGUACUGGCCUUACACAUACUCAACCAGAGUUGUAUAUUAUCCUUGAGAAAAAAAAAACUGUUUUUUAUAUUAUAAUGAUUUUGUUUAUUAAAAAAAAAAAAUGUGUUUUACUUCAGCGUAAAUAAAUUAUUACGAUAUUAAAUUACCUAUUAGUUUUUUUUUUUACAAAUUAAUCAUUACCUAUUAGUUUUCAGAUUAUAAAUGAAUAGGCAGUGUUUACCUCAAAUUAUUUUUUAUAAAUUAUUAUUUCGUUUUAUUACAAAUAAGUGUUUUAUUUGCCACAAGGAUCACAGCUGCUUCCUCCCCCAUGUCCUCCAUAACUUCCAGAUCCAGAAUAUCCACCAGAGCUUGCUCCAGCAUUGCCCCAUCCUGGUAAUGGUUGAUGGACAGCGUAACCUCCUCCUUGUGAAGAUCCUUCAC